AUGCUUAGAAGAGCAUUGGCUCGAGUGGACCGACUUCGUAGUUUUAGCUAUCAUACCCAGUGUUUUUGCAGAGUAGCUGCUCCUUUUCGCCAUCAAAUUUCGUUGCGUAACAACCGAGAAAUGUCUGUUCUUUCUAUCACUUCUCAGUUGCAAAAGAUGUCCAUUGAGGAGCCCAAGCCUCUAGAAGGCUCUUUUCCCGAACAAAAUGUUGUUGAUCUCAUGAGAAACUACGUCAGUGGCGAGCUUUCAAAGAUUUCCGGAGUUAGCACAGAUUUGAUAUACCCAGCUUUGGAAUGGACCAACACUCUUGACAGAGGUGAUUUGUUGAUUCCAGUGCCCAGAUUGCGUAUCAAGGGCGCCAAUCCUAAAGAUUUGGCCGUGGAAUGGGCUGAAAAGUUCCCUGUGGGCGACUAUUUGUCGAAAGUGGAAGCCAACGGUGCUUUCGUGCAGUUCUUUUUCAAGCCCGAGUUCUUGUUCAAAGUGGUGCUUCCUAACAUUCUCACCAGAAAGGAGCAGUACGGUGCCAUGCCUUUGGUCCAGAAUAAGAGAGCGGUGAUCGAGUUCUCUUCUCCAAACAUUGCCAAACCAUUCCACGCUGGCCACUUGAGAUCCACCAUUAUUGGAGGUUUCCUAUCUAACCUUUACGAAAAGUUGGGCUGGGAAGUUGUGAGAUUGAACUACCUGGGCGACUGGGGAAAGCAGUUUGGUUUGCUUGCUGUUGGGUUUGAGAGAUACGGUUCCGAGGAGGCUCUCAAAAACGACCCCAUCAAGCACUUGUAUGACGUUUACGUGCGCGUGAACAAAGACAUCGAGGCGGAAGGCGAUACUUUGCCAGAGGAAAAAUCCACUCAUGGUCUAGCCCGUGCGUACUUCAAGAAAAUGGAAGACGGCGACGAAGACGCUUUGAAGAUAUGGAAGCGUUUCCGUGAUUUUUCUAUCGACAAGUACGUCGACACAUAUGCCAGAUUGAACAUUCACUACGACUCUUACUCCGGUGAGUCUCAGGCCUCAAGAGAAUCUAUGGAAUUGGCCCUCAAAAUGUUCUCAGAGAAAGGUUUGGCUCACGAAGACAGAGGUGCCACUUUGAUUGACUUGACCAAAUUCAACAAGAAGCUAGGAAAAACCAUUGUGCAGAAAUCGGAUGGUACUACUCUGUACAUGACCAGAGAUGUCGGCACGGCCAUGGAUCGUUAUGAGAAAUACCACUUCGACAAGAUGAUCUACGUGAUUGCUUCUCAGCAGGAUCUAUACACCGCUCAACUGUUUGAAGUUCUUAAACAGCUGGGUUUCGAAUGGGCGAAGGAUUUGGUGCACAUAAAUUUCGGUAUGGUUCAAGGUAUGUCCACCAGAAAGGGUACUGUGGUUUUCUUGGACAACAUUUUGGAAGAAACUAAAGACAAGAUGCAUGAAGUCAUGAAAACCAACGAGGCCAAAUACGCACAAAUUGAGAACCCUAACGAAGUCGCCGACUUGGUUGGUAUUUCUGCUGUCAUGAUUCAAGACAUGCAAGCCAAGCGUAUUAAUAACUACGAGUUUAAGUGGGAAAGAAUGACUUCUUUCGAGGGUGACACCGGUCCUUACCUACAGUACGCUCACUCCAGAUUGAGAUCUGUGGAAAGAAACGCUUCGGAGAUCACCAAGGAGAAUUGCUUGAACGCCGAUUUCUCGCUGUUGAAGGAACCUGUUGCUGUGAUUCUAAUCCGUUUGCUGUCUCAAUAUCCAGAUGUUUUGAGAAACGCCGCUAAGACGAAUGAGCCAGCUACAGUCGUCACUUACUUGUUCAAGUUGACUCAUCAAGUCUCUUCGUGCUACGACGUCUUGUGGGUUGCUGGUCAAACUCCAGAGCUUGCUGCCGCUCGUUUGGCACUGUACUCGUCUGCUAGACAAGUGCUAUACAACGGUAUGACCUUGUUGGGUUUGACUCCAGUUGAUAGAAUGUGA